CCUGGCCCUUCACAAUUAAUUUUUACGGUUCAACACUCACUCCCCUUCUCUCUUUCUUCUAAAGUUGAAGUCUGCAACGUAUGAGAGCUGCGAUGAACAUAAUCGAGCUGCAAAUGAGCGAUGAGCGAUGACAAGCCGCGAUGAACAACGGCAGCGGCAAACAGUAGCAAGCGGCGUCGAGCGGCAAAGGAGGCAAGACGAGCAACGGUGGCAAGCGGCGAGCAGCGAAGAAGCCACGACGAGCAGCGGCGGCCGGCGACGAGCUUUGUUCAGAUCCGAGGGUGAAAUUGAGAUCUGCAAUGGCGGAGGCCGAACCUGCAGCAGCGGCGAUUGGUGGCGGUCGGUGGCGGAUCUGUCCAGAUCUACAACGGCGGAGGCCAGAUCUGCAGCGGCAGCUAUUUCAGAGACGGUUGGCGGCCAGCGGAGACCUUCGGCCGGCGACGAUCCGGUGGCGGUCGACGGUGGUCCGGCGUUCUGUCGGCGGAAGUAUGUUUUCCCAGCUUUAGGGAUGUUUUUGUCCAACUACAAAUAAUAACUCCUAUUUAGGGAAUUUUUAAAAUUCACUCCUAUUUUGUCAAUUAAAGAUUUA